GGAUGAUCAGCUGUCGACAGCUGUCGAUCGUUUGUAUUUGUUGUUGGUGGUGCGCCACAGAUUGAAUUGUGAAAAUUUAGAUUCAAAAACACCGCAAAAUUAGAAUGGAUGUGCCUAAAACAUCUGCGGAUUUGUUGGAUAUACCCAGAACACCAGAUAUGCGCAGUUCUCCUGGUAGGUUUGCAUUGAUUUCGGAACCGCGUCCGCUGCGUACCAAGGAACUGCUAGAGAGACAGCGGCAGGCGAACCACACAGCAUCAUGCUCUGCAUCGAAAGUAGGCCAACAAAAAACUCCAGGGAUGCGUUCUACUACUGAAAGUCCUAUAUUUUUGGAACCGAUUCCGCUGCGCACCAAGGAACUGCUGGAGAGACAGCGUCAGGCGUCAUCUGCAUCCAGAGCAGCCCGCACACCAUCCUCUGCAUGCGGAAACAUGACAGACAGAGACAUACCUAGAACACCAGAGAUGCGCUGUCCUAGCAUCGCAGUCAUACCCUGCUCAGAGCCGCAGCCAGUGCGCACCAAGGAGCUACUGGAGCGAUGGCGUAGGGUAGAUGAGAGAGAGAGAUGUCAUCGCCCUGCCUCCGCAUCGAGAAUAGGUCGCCAAAAUCACAAAUCCCCAAUACCAGGCAUCACCACAAACAGGCUGUUGGUACCCUCCAUUGGUUUCUCGUAUCCCAAGCAGCAGCUGUUGCCGCACACAUCCACAUCUGCAUCGCCCCACAUAACCAAGUUAGGCAUAACAAAGCGACGGCUGGAGUUCCGGCACGACCAGGGCAAGGAGUCGGUGGGGCCGAAAUUGAAAAGGCUCACAGCCUAUCUCCAGCACGAGCUGGGGGGUUGGGGCAGUAGCACGGAGCAACGGCUGCGCCAGAUGACUAUUGCGGACUUUGUGAGCAUUGUGAGGCAUUUGUUGCCCCUCUCUGGGGCAACGGUGGGGUCGAUGAGUAAGGCCUGCUAUGCGGAGCAGCUGAUUGAAGCUCUGCAGCAGCUCAAGUAUCCCAAGAAGGUGAACAGGACCUGGCUGUUGAUGCCGGGAACACAGCAUGUCAUCGGUCAUGUACUGGACCUGCUGGACUUUCUAUUGGAUUUUGCAGUCGGCACAAAACGGGAUGCGAUUUGUGUGUUUCCCUUUGUCGGAGACUCGUUGGAUGAUGAGAAAACCUUUGUGCUGAUAGCGAGGGAUUACCAUCUGUGGCAAGGAGAGGAAAACAGUCUUCAAUUAGAGCAGCAUAAGCGAAAUGAACUACUACGGGAAUGUUGCAAUUCCAAUGAUAUCGCUGCUCUCCAGCAGGAGUUGGAAGCCCUACAACUAGAGCUUAAAGAGGAGUUGAAGUUGAAUACGGUUACGGAUCAGCAGCAGUUGGUACAAAAGGACAGACUUCAGCAAGAGCUAACCAACUGCCAGGAUGAGCUGAAGUCAUUAUUGGCCGAGUCCUCGGAUUAUGAGCGGAAGUUCAGCCAUUUGUGCACUGAAACCUGGCGAAAGAAGAAAAUCCUGCAGUCCCUGCAGGAUCGUGUUCGAAGCCAAAGGUGCAGCUACCAGGAUUAUGCUAGAUUGCUGGACCUACAAGCCGAGCGCUCCGAUGAACUGCAGGUGUACCGUCGGCGGCAACAGGAUAUUUUCGAGCGUCUGAGCAUCGCCAAGCUUCGAUGGAAGCGCUCGCGCAGGGAUCUAAUGAACAGCAUCGAAGCCUUCAACGUGAAAAUGCGGAACAUUGAGUACUCGUUGGUGUUCAAAGGAAGCUGCCCUAAAUCCCUGCAGCUGCCGCUGUAUCCAUCAAUGGAGGAGAUACAAGAGCGACUGGAGAAGCUUAAGCAAUGGCGCCACCGUAUGGAUUCUACUGUGGUCAAGACAGGCUGCUUCAGGAAGCCUCUCGGCGAGAUAAAGAGUUAGUUAAACAAACGCACCAGCACACUCACAUUCACAUUUUCAUUCAACUGAAUCUCAUACGAGAUUAAUUUAAGCAAAUAUUUGCGUGUUUCGUAAUUUUCACUUUGAGCCAAACAUCAAGCUUGGAGCUUAGUUAUUUCUCCUUGAAUUUCACAGAUUUAUUUAAUUGAAUUUGUCAACUGUAUGCCACAGUAAGCCCCGCCCCUCCUCCUGUGUCACUGCCACUGCCUUGAUCCCAUGGCCUGGAUUUAAGUUCAUGUAAUUGACAUUUGAAUGAAUCAUUGGCAAUAGUUGUACUCUUUCCAAAAGAGAAUAGCUCUUUGGAUAAGCGGAAA